UGUAGACUAACGUAACCCAAUACAAAAAGUCACUUGGAGAGAGAUAGAUAGAGAGAGAGAAACUACAGUGUGUGCGAGAGAGAUGGAUAGGGUGUUUUCAGUGGACGACAUUGCCGGCCAAUUCUGGUCACCGCCGCCGAUAUGCUUGGAGCAAGCAUCAGCUGAGGAAGAGUCAAAGAUGAUGAAUCGGAGCUCAUCAGAGUGGGCGUUCCAGAAAUUCCUCCAGGAGGCGUCCGCAUCGGAUAAUUCCCCACCUCCCCCCUCCGUUCCGGCUUCUUCUUCCGUUGGUGAUGGUGGGGCUUCGUCAGCGAUGCCCAAGAGCGACGUCGUCGAGAUCAGGGAUGACCAGGAUCAUCGUCGUCGUCAUCAAGCGACGAUGACUGCGGGUUCCACGACGUCGUCUGAUUCGGCUCCUCCCAACAUUCCCAUCGAUUCAGAGGAGUACCAGGCGUUCCUCAAGAGUCGACUCAAUUUGGCUUGUGCUGCUGUGGCCAUGUCUCGGGCAUCAUAUGUAAAACCUCAAGAUUCUGCUACUGUAAUUGACAAUGGUUCACAGGCUUCCAAUACUUCCCAGUUGGGACCUCAAGCUCCUUGUAAAGGAUCUGGUUGUGAUUCAGUGAAGGGACAAGAUAAAGAAGCUAGUGGACCACUUGGAAUUCCUUCCUUGCCUGCCAUGCAAAAGAAAUCUGGAGUUCAGGUGAAGUCAACAACAAGUGGAUCAUCAAGAGACCUGUCAGAUGAUGAUGAGCUCGAAGGAGAAACAGAAUCAACUGAGAAUAUGGAUCCUGCUGAUGCAAAACGUGUAAGGAGAAUGCUAUCAAACCGAGAAUCAGCUAGACGAUCAAGAAGACGAAAACAGGCCCAUUUGACUGAGCUGGAGACACAGGUUUCUCAAUUAAGAGUUGAAAAUUCUUCUCUGUUGAAGCGUCUAUCUGAUGUAAACCAGAAGUACACUGAAGCAGCUGUUGACAAUAGAGUUCUAAAAGCCGACGUUGAAACAUUGAGAGCAAAGGUAAAGAUGGCUGAAGAGACAGUAAAAAGAAUUACGGGUUCAAACUCUGUGUUUCAAGCCAUGUCUGAGAUAUCGACAAUGGGUAUGCCAUCAUUUGCGGGUAGCCCUUCUGACACAUCGACAGAUGCUGCCGUUCCUGUCCAAGACGACCCACAACAGCGCUUCUGUCAACCUGCUACUAAUAAUCAUAUACCCAACCAUGACCCCAGCAUUCACAAUGGUUUAGUAAACAUUCCAAGAGUAGAUAAUGUGCAGCAAAAUCCUGCGACGGCAGCAGUUGGGGGAAACAAGAUGGGCAGAACAGCUUCAAUGCAGCGAGUGGCUAGCUUGGAGCAUCUGCAGAAGCGAAUUUGUGGGGGCGUAAGCCCUUGUGGAACCCAGUGCAGCGGAGAGCAGUAGGAACAAACAGAAGACCCCACUGCAAUGGAGGUUUCAAAGAAGAACUGUCUUGGCAAAUGUUUCUAUUUUGAUCUCUCUUGUGGGUUUAUAUUGGUAGAAUUCAUAUUCUUUAUGCUUCAGUUCAUUGGGAUAUUGACCCAAUUAGUCACCUUUAAUUGAUUAUAUUAUUGCUGGCUAGAACAGCUCCAUCUAUAAUGGCAACUUUCCAAUUGCAGUUCUCCUUGUAUGUUGCGCUUUAAAUUGUGUUAUUUGAUUUUCUUCUGUACCAUCAAUGUUGGAUUAGCCAAUACUUUUAUCUUCAUCUUUCAGCAGAUAGCACAACAAUUUUGGUUUUAACUGCUCAUCAUCUGCAAAUGAAGCUGUUUUCAGGAUUAAGAGAUAAAACAGGGCAGAAUCACCAGAGUUGCCAAUAUGACCUGUUUGUUCCCAGCUCUGUUUGGUUAGAUGAAAAUUAAUACUUGAAAGUUAAAAAAAAAAAGAAAAGAAAGUGGAGUAAAUGAUUUUCAUCGUGCAAUUUUUUUUUUUUUUUUUUUUUUUUUUUUUUUUUUUUUUUUUUUUUUUUAAUAAA